GCAAGUUUGCAGAAGACAAGUGUAAAUCGAUACGCCGAUAACAAAACCAAAACAACCGACAAUCGAUAAUCGACAAAGCGAUAACAUCAACAUGCUCUCCUGUGCUUCGUUCAAUGAACUUAUUUAUCAAACGGCAGCGGAUGUUACCGCCAUGGCCAGUGGUAAAUCCACACCAGUUGCAGUUGGUCUCACCUCCCUGCCCCUGCCCCUGCCUGCAACAGGAGGCACCGGUGGGGUACGUGGAGCACCCAGCGAGACGCAGAGUGAAAUUUCAUCGGUGGACAGCGAUUGGAGUGACAUACGCGCUAUUGCAUUGAAAUUGGGCGUACAAAAUCCGGACGAUUUGCACACGGAACGUUUCAAGGUUGAUCGACAGAAACUGGAACAUUUGAUAAAGGAGGACAGCGCCAUUGAGGGCAUGAACGGUGCGGAGUAUUUCUUUGAUGAUAUAAUGAACACUACGGAUACUUAUGUGAGCUGGCCUUGCAGACUAAAGAUUGGUGCCAAGAGCAAAAAAGAUCCCCAUGUGCGUAUUGUGGGUAAAGUGGAGCAGGUGCAGCGCGCCAAAGAUCAUAUUCUGAGCAGCCUAGACUCAAGGGGAACUCGCGUGAUUAUGAAAAUGGAUGUCAGCUAUACGGAUCAUUCGUACAUUAUUGGCCGCGGCGGUAAUAAUAUUAAACGAAUUAUGGAUGAUUCACACACGCACAUACAUUUCCCGGACUCGAACCGUUCGAAUCCCACGGAGAAAUCGAAUCAGGUAUCGCUCUGCGGCAGUCUGGAAGGUGUCGAACGUGCCAGAGCCAUGGUACGUCUAUCAACGCCACUGUUGAUCUCCUUCGAGAUGCCUGUGAUGGGUCCCGGCAAGACGCAGCCAGAUCAUGAGACACCCUACAUCAAAAUGAUUGAGAGCAAAUUCAAUGUGCAGGUCAUAUUUUCGUCGCGUCCCAAGCUACACACGUCCCUGGUCUUGGUGAAGGGUUCCGAGAAGGAAUCUGCCCAGGUGCGUGAUGCCACACAGCUAUUGAUCAACUUUGCCUUCGAAAGUAUUGCGAAUCAAAUUCUUGUAAAUGUACAAAUGGAGAUAUCGCCACAACAUCAUGAGAUUGUCAAGGGCAAGAACAAUGUGAAUCUAUUGAGCAUUAUGGAACGCACACAGACCAAAAUCAUAUUCCCCGAUCUGACAGAUAUGAAUGUGAAGCCGCUUAAAAAGUCUCAGGUCACAAUCAGUGGACGCAUCGAUGAUGUCUAUAGGGCGCGACAACAAUUGCUUGGCAAUUUGCCCGUUGUAUUGAUAUUUGACUUUCCCGACAAUCAAACCGAUGCAUCCGAAAUAAUGAGCCUUAACAUCAAGUAUGGUGUCUAUAUAACUCUACGCCAAAAGGCGCGACAAAGCACAUUGGCUAUCGUAAUCAAGGGUAUUGAGAAAUUUAUAGACAAGAUCUACGAGGCACGCCAGGAGAUUCUGCGCCUAACGACGCCCGCUAUAAAGCCGGAGCUACCCGAUCAUUAUUAUAUGCCCAAGGAUAAGGAUCUCAAUUUGGCAUAUCGGACGCAGUUGACAGCACUCCUGGCUGGCUAUCCGGAUAGUCCGAAAACUCCAUCGUUGUUGCCUCCAACAAUGGGGGGACAAUUGACGCCCUAUGGUAACAAGAAUCCGAUGAUGAUCAAUGGGAAUGCGAGUGUUGGCAUGGCCACGCCUACUGGCAUAUGUACGCCCACGCAGAAGUAUAUGCAAUUGCAUAAUAGUGGCUAUCAGCCCCGACAGGUGCCAGCGAUAACCAAUAAUAAUAAUAACAACAACAACAGCAACAACAACAACUGCAGCAGUAAUAGCAACAACAACAAUUAUCUGCAAGUGCCAGGAUCUGGUUUAUUGAAGCCUCCACAGGCUUCGAAUGGACCGCCCACAGUGGGCGGGGCGGGUCAGGUGAAUCUAUCGCCGCGAAACAGUUGCAGUCAGAAUACUAGCGGUUAUCAGAGCUUCAGCAGCAGCACCACAUCGCUGGAGCAAUCGUAUCCACCGUAUGGACAACUGCAGGGUGCCGUCUCCUCGACAUCCUCGUCGUCGGGUGGUUGCAACAAUCGGGCGCAUUAUUCGCCCGAUUCCACGUACAGCAGUGAGGCUGGCAGCAUUGCCGGAGCAGCUCGUCUUGGCCGUCGUCUGAGCGAUGGUGUCCUUCUUGGUCUGGGCAGUGCCAUGGGCGGAUCUCAUCUGUUGCCCGGCAGUGCCGAGAGCUAUCGCAAUCUUCACUAUGAUCUGGCCGCAGCAGCUGGCAAACAUCAACAGCAGCAACAGCAGCAGCAGGCGACUCAACGGGCCUUGGACUUUGAUAUGAAGCGUGCUCUCGGUUUCAAGGCCAUGGAACGGACUCCGGUUGCGGGGGAACUACGUACUCCCACCCCCGCCUGGCUGGGCAUGGGUCUAAGCCGUACCUCUCCGGCACCCAUUGAGACGGUGGAUGAUGGUGGUGCCACCGGUGCAAAUGGCUGGCGUAUGCCGCCCCCACCACCCGGAUUGUGCUCCCCCUAUGGGCUGGGUGCCACAACGGGACUCUUGGAUGCCACGCCCGUGAGUCGGCGCAUGCAGCUUUCACAACACAAGGAUAUACAUACCCUAUUGACAAGCGUCGGUCUGGAGCAUUACAUAAAAAUUUUCGUUUUAAACGAAAUUGACUUGGAAAUGUUUACAACACUGACCGAGGAGAAUCUCAUGGAGCUGGGCAUCACCGCGUUCGGAGCUCGCAAGAAGCUGCUGGCGGCCAUUCAUACGCUUCUGGCCAACGAAGCCGCCUGCAGUAGUAUGCCCAGCAGCAGCUCCUCGCAGAGCUCCUCGCCGCGAUUCUCCGGCAGCGCUGCGCCCGGAGCCGAGCGUCGCCCCUCGAAUCAGUGGUAAUGCUGUCGAUAGUGGUUGUAAUCCAUGCUGAGUAGCAAAAGCUAAAUAACAUCAAAAACAUGAAGAAAAAAAACUCAACAAAAA